GCGGGCAGAAGAGCCGCCGCCGCCUCGGUCUCCCCGCCGGCGCCGUCGCCUCUCGGGGAGAAAGGGGGCGCGGGGGGCACCUGGGGGCCCCGGCGGAUGCGCCCCCCGCCGCCUCCCGGGCUGCGCCGCCUCGCGGGGAUGAAGCACCGGCCGUGAAGAUGGAGGUGACCUGCCUGCUACUCCUGGCGCUGCUCCCCGUCCACGGCCGGGCACAAGGCGUCUACGCUCCAGCACAGGCACAGAUUGUGCAUGCGGGACAGGCAUGUGUGGUCAAAGAGGACAACAUCAGUGAACGCGUCUAUACCAUCCGCGAAGGGGACAUCCUCAUGCUGCAGUGCCUUGUCACCGGGCACCCACGGCCCCAGGUGCGCUGGACCAAGACAGCUGGCAGUGCAUCCGACAAGUUCCAGGAGACGUCGGUGUUCAAUGAGACGCUACGCAUUGAGCGCAUCGCACGCACACAGGGCGGCCGCUACUACUGUAAGGCGGAGAAUGGAGUGGGCGUGCCGGCCAUCAAGUCCAUCCGCGUGGAUGUGCAGUACCUGGAUGAGCCAGUGCUCACUGUGCACCAGACGGUGAGCGACGUGCGUGGCAACUUUUACCAGGAGAAGACGGUGUUCCUGCGCUGCACGGUCAACUCCAACCCACCAGCCCGCUUCAUCUGGAAGAGGGGCUCAGACACUCUGUCGCACAGCCAGGACAAUGGAGUGGACAUCUAUGAACCACUCUAUACCCAGGGGGAGACCAAAGUCCUGAAGCUGAAGAACCUGCGGCCCCAGGACUAUGCCAGCUACACAUGCCAGGUGUCUGUCCGCAAUGUGUGUGGCAUCCCAGACAAGGCCAUCACCUUCCGGCUCACCAACACCACCGCACCGCCAGCCUUGAAGUUGUCUGUGAAUGAAACUUUGGUGGUGAACCCCGGGGAGAAUGUGACAGUCCAGUGUCUGCUGAUGGGUGGUGACCCCCUCCCCCAGCUGCAAUGGUCCCAUGGACCCGGUCCACUACCCCUGGGUGCUCUGGCCCAGGAAGGCACCCUCAGCAUCCCUUCGGUGCAGGCUCGGGACUCUGGCUACUACAACUGCACAGCCACCAACAAUGUGGGCAACCCAGCUAAGAAGACGGUCAACCUGCUUGUGCGAUCAAUGAAGAACGCCACAUUCCAGAUCACCCCUGAUGUGAUCAAAGAGAGCGAGAACAUACAGCUGGGUCAGGACCUGAAGCUCUCAUGCCAUGUGGAUGCAGUACCCCAAGAGAAAGUCACCUACCAGUGGUUCAAGAAUGGCAAGCCAGCACGCAUGUCCAAGAGGCUGCUGGUGACCCGGAACGAUCCCGAGUUACCUGCUGUCACCAGCAGCCUUGAGCUCAUUGACCUGCACUUCAGUGACUACGGCACAUACCUGUGUGUGGCUUCUUUCCCAGGGGCUCCAGUGCCCGAUCUCAGUGUCGAGGUCAACAUCUCCUCUGAGACAGUGCCUCCCACCAUCAGCGUGCCCAAGGGCCGGGCCGUGGUGACCGUGCGCGAGGGCUCGCCCGCCGAGCUUCAGUGCGAGGUGCGUGGCAAGCCGCGGCCGCCCGUGCUCUGGUCCCGGGUGGACAAGGAGGCCGCGCUGCUGCCUUCGGGGCUGGCCCUGGAGGAGACCCCCGACGGGAAGCUGCGGCUGGAGCGCGUGAGCCGAGAGAUGAGCGGCACCUACCGCUGCCAGACAGCUCGCUACAACGGCUUCAACGUGCGCCCCCGGGAGGCCCAGGUGCAGCUGACCGUGCAGUUCCCGCCCGAGGUGGAGCCCGGCUCCCAGGACGUGCGCCAAGCGCUGGGCCGGCCCGUGCUGCUGCGCUGCUCGCUGCUCCGAGGCAGCCCCCAGCGCAUCGCCUCGGCCGUGUGGCGCUUCAAGGGGCAGCUGCUGCCGCCGCCGCCCGCCGUCCCCGCCGCCGCCGCCGCCGAGGCCCCCGACCACGCCGAGCUCCGCCUGGAGGCCGUCACGCGUGACAGCAGCGGCAGCUACGAGUGCAGCGUCUCCAACGACGUGGGCGCGGCCACCUGCCAGUUCCAGGUCUCGGCCAAAGCCUACAGCCCGGAGUUUUACUUCGACACCCCCAACCCCACCCGCAGCCACAAGCUGUCCAAGAACUACUCCUACGUGCUGCAGUGGACCCAGCGGGAGCCUGACGCAGUCGACCCUGUGCUCAACUACAGGCUCAGUGUCCGCCAGUUGAAUCAGCACAACGCCAUGGUCAAGGCCAUCCCAGUGCGGCGAGUGGAGAAGGGGCAGCUGCUGGAGUACAUCCUCACUGACCUCCGUGUGCCCCACAGCUAUGAGAUCCGUCUCACACCCUACACCACCUUCGGGGCUGGGGACAUGGCCUCCCGCAUCAUACACUAUACAGAGCCUGUCAACUCUCCCAAUAUGGCAGACAACACCUGUCACUUUGAGGAUGAGAAGAUCUGUGGCUACACUCAGGACCUAACAGACAACUUUGACUGGACAAGACAGAACGCCCUCACUCAGAACCCUAAGCGCUCCCCCAACACAGGUCCUCCCACUGAUAUCAGUGGCACCCCUGAGGGCUAUUAUAUGUUCAUUGAGACAUCAAGGCCCAGGGAGUUGGGGGACCGUGCUCGGCUUGUGAGUCCCAUGUACAAUGCCAGCGCCAAGUUCUACUGCGUCUCCUUCUUUUACCACAUGUAUGGGAAACACAUUGGCUCCCUUAACCUCCUGGUGCGGUCCCGGAACAAAGGGGCCUUGGACACACAUGCCUGGUCCCUCAGUGGCAAUAAGGGUAAUGUGUGGCAGCAGGCACACGUGCCCAUAAACCCCAGCGGGCCCUUCCAGAUUAUUUUUGAGGGAGUUCGAGGUUCGGGCUAUCUGGGGGAUAUUGCCAUAGAUGAUGUCACACUGAAGAAGGGCGAAUGUCCCCGGAAGCAGAUGGACCCUAAUAAAGUGGUGGUGAUGCCGGGCAGUGGAGUCCCCCGCCAGCCUCGACCGCAGCUCUGGGGCCCUGUGACUAUCCUCUUUGUGGUGCUGCAGAGAUGAUGAGAGCAGCUUGGCCCCACCCAGCCCCGGCACACCAAAGUGUCUGCAUUGAACCAAAGACUGAGCCCUGCCAGCCAGCCAGCCGGGGUGUCCAGGGGCAGAGCUGGCCUGCCUGGGAGGCACCAGAGAGGACGAGCAGAGGACAAGGCCCGAGGCCUGAAGCCGAGGUCCAGGGGACGGUUGCUCGCCACACGCACACGUGCACACACUCACACACCCACGCUCACACACACAGAGAUCUAUUAAAGCACAAGUUUCUAUCUGA